AUGAGUGUCCGAACAUCAAUGAACACCGACUACAGUGGCAAAAUGGGCGAUCCAGCUGACAAGUACUUCCAUGAAUCAAUGUACGUUAUUCGCCUUAAGCUAUUCCACUAUCAUUAUGACGGCCGGUUUGCUUCUCAUCCUAUCCACGAUUCACAGCGAAUUCCUCAUCUCACGACAAUGGUUAAAUCAUACCUCUCCACAAUGGCUGAUAUCGGUGCCGAAACCUGGAUUAUGCAUGGAACUCUGCUGGGCUGGUGGUGGAAUCAAAAAAUCAUGCCGUGGGACACCGAUAUUGACGUCCAAGUCUCAGAAACAACGAUGCAUUUUCUUGCCAAAUACUAUAAUAUGACUGAGCAUCAUUUCAAUGUCCCUGGAACGAGCUCCGGUCGCACAUUUCUUCUUGAAAUCAACCCUAAUUAUAUCAAUCGGACCCCAGAUGACAUAUUGAACGUGAUUGAUGCGAGAUGGAUUGAUACAUCUUCUGGCCUGUUCAUCGACAUCACUAGUGUCCGGAAGGAUUAUGAUUAUCGAAAGAGAGGCGCCUCUGGUGCCCUUAUGUGCAAGGAUAAUCACAGAUACAAUGUAUGGUUUGCACUCUCCUUCCAACAACACCAUUGCGAAUAA